AUGGCCCCUCGCCCGUCGCCCGCCUGUCGCCCUCCGCCCGCCGCCAUGAGGCGCGGGGGCCCCGCCGCCAUCGCCGCCUGCCUCGCCGGGGCACUGGCCGUGCUGGCGGGGCCGGGACCGGGACCGGGCAGUGCCACCGGGACCGGCCGGCGGCCCCCCCGCAGCUACGGGCACCUGGAGGGCGACGUGCGCUGGCGGCGGCUCUUCUCCGCCACCCGCUUCUUCCUGCGCAUCGACGGCAGCGGCGGCGUGGAGGGAACGCGCUGGAGGGAGCGGCCGGGCAGCAUCGUUGAGAUCCGGUCGGUGCGUGUCGGCGUCGUGGCCAUCCGGGCGGUGCACACCGGCUUCUACCUGGCCAUGAACAAGCGGGGGAGGCUCUACGGAAGGAGUUCAGCCCCAACUGCAAGUUCACGGAGCGCAUCGAGGAGAACGGCUACAACACGUACGCGUCGCUGCGCUGGCGGCACCGCGGCCGCCCCAUGUUCCUCUCGCUCAACAGCAAGGGCAGGCCACAGCGAGGGGGCAGGACGCGCCGGCAGCACCUCUCCACACACUUCCUCCCCAUGCUCGUCAGCUGAACGCCGUGGGCAGCUCCAGACGGUCCUGUAGGAAGAGAAAAAAAACCCAACAAAAAUGUUAUUUUAUUUAUGUAUAUAUCUAUUUUUUGCUAUUUAUUGCUUUAUUUUUAAUGCACGGCAGAGGAGGGAUGUGGA